AUGCCCAAUACAGACAGACGGGAAACAACACAGACAAAAGGGAAACAAGCAGAAAAGUUACAUCCAAAGUCAAAUAAAGCUGGAGACAGGGAAAUAUUUGAUCUCAGAAAACUGUUGUCCCAUCUCACUGUUUCUCCAUUCAAACCUCAGGUACCUACAGGGAGUUCCUCCAAAACACGAAACACUACUUUCAGCAAAUCCCAGCCCCCUGCCCAGCAGAACAAUGACAGCAAGAGCAAAACUGCACUGUCACCAACUGCUGAGGCCUCAGGACUGGAACACUUCAGCGUGACCUACAGAAAUCACAGGAGCUUUAGCAGUCACCCCCAGAACAAGCUGUUUUUGGACAUCUUUACCUGUUUGGUCAAAAACAGGCUCCUGUGCAGUGCCUGGAUUGCUCAAGCCAGUCCUGGACACCUCCUAAGUAUAUUGAUCUGUUUGCGACUGUUAAUGAGAGAACCACUUUACCAGAAAGUUUUCUAUCAACUCCAAGGGGUUAGUUGCCUUGCUCAGCACAUGGAGUCAGUUUCCAGGAGCUAUCUGGAUUGUGAAGAGCAAAUAUUUGCAAUGGAACAGCUGGUCAACAUGACAUAUAUGUUUCAGAAAGUUUCUGUGGUAGAAGAACAGAGGAAAUGGGUCAUUGAGUGUGGAGCUCACAAGACCCUGGCAAAGCUGCUGGCAACGCGUGACAGCAGCGUACUGCUAGGGUCUCUCCUGGCCCUCACCAGCCUGGCUGAGAGUCCAGACUACAAAGGAAAGAUCGGAGAGCUUUUGAUUGUGGAAAAUCUCCUCAUUAUACUGCAAGAGUAUGACCUACUAUCAAAAAGGAUCGCUGCAGAGCUGCUCAGGCUCCUGUGUCCGGACCGGCAGGUGAGGGAGCAGCUGAAGGUGUACGAGGGCGUGCCGGUGCUGCUCAGCCUGCUGCACUCGGAGCACCUGAAGCUGCUGUGGAGCGUGGUGUGGGUGCUGGUCCAGCUGUGUGAGGACCCAGACACCAGCGCUGAGGUCCGGGCGUGGGGCGGGGUGCAGCAGCUGCUGCGCAUCCUGGACUGCGACAGGGUGUAUGUCUCUGACCGCUCCUCUGUGGAGACGCUGUCCAGUGCUAACGUCGCAGGCCGAAUUCAGCAACAGCAUAUCUCAGAGGAGCUGAGCCCACAGGAAACACUGGAGAGCACACUGUCUUUGCAGGCAGCAUGCUGUGCAGCCCUGACGGAGCUGGUCCUGGAUGACACCACAGCACAUCAUGUGGUUGAGGAGAAUGGAGUGUAUAUAAUAGGAAAAUUAAUUCUGCCACAUGACUCACAAACUGGACCAAAAGCAAAAUCUGUUCAGUGCUAUGCCUUUAGAGCCUUAAGAUUCCUCUUCAGCAGGGAGCGAAGCAGACAUCUAUUUAAAAGGCUCUUCUCUCCAAACCUGUUUGAGAUGUUUAUUGACGUUGGACAUUAUGUUCGGGACAUCGCUGCCUAUGAAACUCUUCAAAAGAAAGUUUCUCUUCUCCCUGAGGAGGAAUUAAGCAGUCUCAAAGAAGGAAUUGAGACCGUGAACCAGAACCGGACUCCUCUGAAAGUGAUCAACGGCUAUGCCAUUCUGGACCAUCUGGGCAGUGGGGCCUUCGGUAGUGUGUUCAAGGUGCGGAAGCAGAGUGGACAGAACCUCCUGGCUUUGAAGGAAGUGAACCUACACAACCCGGCCUUUGGAAAAGACAAGAACGACCGAGACAGCAGUGUGGAGAAGAUUGUGUCUGAGCUCACCAUCAUAAAAGAACAGAUGACUCAUCCAAACAUUGUCAGAUACUACAAGACCUUCUUGGAAAAUGACAGAUUGUACAUCAUUAUGGAGCUGAUAGAGGGAAUUCCCCUGGCUGAGCACUUCACCUCCCUGAAGGAGAAAGGACAGCAGUUCACUGAGGAGAGAAUCUGGAACAUAUUUAUUCAGAUGUGCCUCGCACUGCGCUAUCUGCACAAGGAGAAGAGAAUUGUCCACCGAGACCUCACCCCCAAUAACGUCAUGCUGGGAGAGAGAGACAAAGUCACUAUCACGGACUUUGGCUUGGCAAAGCAGAAACAGGAGAACAGCAAGCUGACAUCAGUAGUGGGCACCAUACUCUACUCCUGCCCAGAAAUAGUGAAGAGCGAGCCGUACGGGGAGAAGGCUGAUGUGUGGGCCGCAGGGUGCAUCCUCUAUCAGAUGGCCGCUCUCCGCCCCCCCUUCUACAGCGGCAACAUGCUGUCCCUGGCUACCAAGAUUGUGGAGGGUGUCUAUGAGCCAGUGGCUCCAGCGCUCUUCUCCGAGAGAGUGACGGGCAUCAUUAAAUGGUGCUUGACCCCUGACUCGGACGCACGCCCUGAUAUCGUGGAGGUCAGCGCCAGGAUCUCUGACAUCAUGAUGAAGUUCAUGGACGCUCUGUGUGCUUCCCAGCAUGCUCUGGAGAGGAAGCUGGAGAGAGACAGGAAGCGGGCGCAGAAGUAUUUCCUGGAAACCAACAGAGGUGCACAGGCCCACUGCCAGUCAUCGCACUCACAGGCCUUUUGCAUGAACGAUCACAGUUUGAGCAGCGGUGAAGCAGCGGCAGUGAAGAGGGGCUCCAUUAGCACCUCCGGCAGCCCCUCCCUGCCUAAUACUGCUGCCACAGGGGAGCACGGCCCCAGCCAAGAAAUUGGUUCUGAGGAAGAGCAGGAUGCCUCUGAUAAAACCUCUACCUCCAGUCCUUGUAACAACGUAUCUGUUAGGUCUAUAAAGCGCAGCGUCAGUGCUUCCGUAACCGAGGAACCAAACCUUGCUAGUGGAGAAUUUGCUGCCCCAAAACUGAAACCUCGACCAGCAUCAGCAGGAAUCUGUGUGUCUCAGAGGAAAGUCCGUCAAAUUGACGACCCCAUCCAGAGACUGCUAGUUCUGCUGCACAAAAUCAUUUUCAUCAGUCAGCUUCCUCCUGCUCUUCAGCACAACUUCAAACGGCGGGCCGUCGAGAGAUUCAAGAAAUCACUGUUCCACUACCGGAGCAGUCCCUACAACCUGAAGGAAGAGCUCAAGAAGCUCUUGCAGGGCUCUCCAGAAGUGAUUGAACCAGGCUCCAGUAGUACAGAUUGGUUUCCCCUGGUCCAGUCUUUUGGUGGGAAACAACUUGGCACUGAGGAUCAAGGUAGUAUGAGCCGUAUGUGCCAUCAAGAUGGAGUCACAUAUGAACAAAUGCAGACCAUUAUUGAAGAGGUCCUAGAAGAAAGUGGAUACUACAGUACAACACAGCAUUAAGCUUGAAUUCACUAUCUAGGUGGUGGGUGUGGUGGUUCAACUGACUCUCAGCUUCCCUGAGAACACGAGGCCUCCAACGCUGACCCAUUUCAGACUGGGUCUAACUCCAGAGCCGUGAUGCCUAAGGGAUGUCUUCUGGGUACCUCCACUACACCACCCUGAGCUUAAUUAGGUCCUUAUCUACAUCAGGUACCAGGAAGGUACUAUAAUCAGUGCACUUUAUCCUUUCUGUGUGGUGAGACACGUGGCCAACAGAUCCAGGGCUGGACACAGGAACAUAUCAGCCAUAUUCUGGGUAAAAUUUUACCCAACUUUGAUAUCUCCAACUCAUCACAUC